GAUGGCUGAGGUGGGGGGGGUGAUUUGGAAGCCAAGUGACACGGCGUGUGACAUCCAAGGACCAGGAGGUGGAUAAAGGCCUCUGCCAGGAGAGACAUCCUUCGCUCUGUUGGAUCACCUUCCCGAGCGGCCAGCCUCUUCUCCUUCAUCCCGGUGCAGAACCACCACCAUGGCCCCCAAGAAACCAGAACCAAAGAAAGCAGAACCUAAGAAAGAAGAGCCCAAGGCAGCCCCUAAACCAGCACCCCCACCCGAGCCAGAAGUCCGCAAGGAAGUGGAAUUUAACCCGGCGAACAUCAAAGUUGAAUUCAGCAAUGAACAGCUUGAAGAAUUCAAGGAAGUUUUCAUGCUCUUCGACCGAACCCCGAAAGGGGAAGGGAAAAUCACGUACGCGCAGUGCGGAGACGUCUUGAGGGCUUGCGGGACAAAUCCCACCCAGGCGGAAGUUCUCAAGGUCCUCGGCCGGCCCAAACCUGAUGAAAUGAACAACAAGAUGUUAGACUUCGACACCUUCCUGCCCAUGCUGCAGCACAUCUCCAAAGCCAAAGACACUGGGACCUACGAGGAUUUCGUGGAAGGUCUGCGGGUUUUCGACAAGGAAGGGAACGGCAAGGUCAUGGGAGCCGAACUUCGCCAUGUUUUGGCCACUCUUGGCGAAAGGCUGACUGAGGAGGAGGUCGAUAAGCUAAUGGCCGGCCAGGAAGACUCCAAUGGUUGCAUCAGCUACGAAGCGUUUGUGAAGCAUAUCAUGGCAAGUUGAAUGGCAGGCCACAUCAACCGGAACUGGCUACCGAGAUUGGAUUUCAACCGAACCUGUGGAAUGAAAUUAGUAUUUCUAGUUGGAAUCGAUGCUCAGAUUCCAUCAACCGUCUUGUGUUUGUCUCUGUCCCUCUGGAAUGGUCUCUUUUUCACUCUGUCUGGCCACCGGCCACCCUAUUCCUCACAUCCUCCGCCAGGUCGUUCCCUCUGCUUGGAACAGCCACCUCCACUUCCUUUCCUGAAUGAGCCCAACCCUCUCCACAGACCCACUACCACUGGUUUCUCUCCAUCCCCUUAAUUCUUUGGGGCAACUCCACCUUAUCCCUGUCUUUAUCCUGUAAUAAAGACUACAGAUCCCUGA